GUUCAGUGUCUCGUCGAGAGUGGCCGCGACACGACUCGCGACCAACGCAGCUCGCGUCAUCCCCGAGGACUGUGCGCCCGCCUGUGAUAUACGAACAGUGAAAAGUUCAUGAACUGGGUGUUGAAUUUGUUUGAACUUGAACGUGACGAUCGACCCUGAAACCCCUUUUGUUUUUACAAGCCUCUCUGAAGGACGGGCGGCAGUUACGGGUAGCGGUUGAAGUGUUCUCAGAUGUUGCCACGGCGUGUGACCAGCGGAACAAUGCGGAUUUUCAUUAGUUUAGCGAUUCUAGUGUGCGCAGUAGCGGCACAAAAAAAGUUUGAAGGGACUUUGAGAACGGCGGCCGAUGCUCCACCUCAAGACAAUCUCGCCAUAGAAUCAGAAUCUCCCGAACCCUCCGUUGUAGAAGCCCCACAAGAUUACAAGAGUCCAGCUGCACCACCUCCCGAAAAGCCUGAAGACGAACUCGAAGAAGCCGAUGAACCACAAGAACCUCAAGAGCAACCAGAGCCACAAGAACCUGCCCCAGUGCCAGAAACGGCCGCUGGUAUCCCACCCUCUGCACCAAGUGGAAUCUCUGCUCCAUCAGCUCCUGCAAAUUCAUUAGAAGAAUGCGAUUCUGAAAUGAUUGGAUUUGAACUAGUCACUGGGUACGUUUUCUCAGCACCUUCACACAUUUUGGAUGACAUCCCCGGCACUCUUAUGUUAACCGAUUGCUUGGAGCAAUGCCAGUCCAACGACACUUGUCGCGCAGUCAACUACGAAACUGGCUUGUGUGUGCUUUUCAGCUCUGAUGCAGACCAAUUACCCGGAGCAUUGACCAAGUCCCAAUUUCCCGUAUUUACAAUCUACGCUCAAAAAUCAUGCAUGGGUGUGAGACCGUGCGAGCGCGCAUGGUGCUUUGAUCGUGUACGCGGCUACCAUCUCAAGGGAAAAGGCAAGAAGACACACACCGUCAGUUCAAGACAAAUGUGCCUCGACCUUUGCCUGGGCGAAAAUGAAUUCAUUUGCAGAUCGGCGAACUAUAACAACAAAACAGGCGAGUGCGUUCUAUCAAAUAUGGAUCGUAUUACUCUCGGAGGCACCAACGCUUUUCAACCGAAUGAAGAUACCGACUACUUAGAAAACAACUGCGUUGAGGAGCCAACUAAACUGUGCGAGUUCAAAAAGAUGAAUGGACGUAUUCUCAAGACUGUCGACUCUGUAUAUCAAGACGUGCAAACAAUAGAAGAAUGUCGUGAGCUGUGUUUGAAUUCACCCUUCCGUUGCCAUUCAUACGAUCAUGGUGAUACUGGCGAUCACGUGUGCCGAUUAUCUCAUCACUCUAAAGCUACUCUUGCUGACAUCCAGGAUCCUUAUUUGGAAGUACCCGAGGCAGCCACAUACGAAUUAUCUUCCUGCUAUAACGUAUCCAUUGAUUGCCGUGCUGGUGACAUGGUUGCCAAAAUUCAAACGUCAAAACUUUUCGACGGCAAGAUAUACGCUAAAGGAAGUCCAAACUCUUGUGUCGUGGAUGUUAAACAAAGUUUGGAAUUUGAAUUACAUAUGGGUUACAAUAACAUCGAGUGCAAUGUUAAGCAAAACGGUCUUGGCAGGUAUUUAAAUGACGUAGUAAUCCAGCAUCACGACACGAUCGUCACCUCUUCUGAUCUCGGAUUAGCUGUGACUUGUCAGUAUGAUUUGACAAAUAAAACCGUUGCAAAUGAAGUCGAUCUCGGAAUUCAAGGAGAUAUUAAGACUGGUCUAUCUGAGGAGGUCAUUGUUGAGUCACCGAAUGUAGCGAUGAAAAUUACCGAUAGAAGUGGUGAUGAUACCAUUGCGUCUGCUGAAGUCGGUGAUCCCUUGGCUCUCAAAUUUGAAAUCAUGGAUCCGAAUUCACCGUUCGAAAUCUUUGUUCGUGAGCUUGUCGCUAUGGAUGGCGUUGACUCAAGUGAAAUCACACUCAUUGACAGCGACGGUUGCCCCACUGAUCAUUUCAUUAUGGGACCACUGUUUAAAUCAACUGCAAGUGGAAAGAUUCUUCUAUCGAACUUCGAUGCCUUCAAGUUCCCAUCAUCAGAAGUUGUCCAAUUCCGUGCCUUGGUAACACCGUGUAUGCCGAAAUGUGAACCUGUUCAAUGUGAUGGUGGACCGAAUGAGUUGAGAUCAGUCAUGUCAUACGGCCGUAGGAAGAGACGUUCUACCCCUGCUGCGCCCACUGAUAACAUGCUCCUUGUACAAACAAUUCAAAUAACAGACAAAUUCGGUUUCGACAAACAACGCGCUAAGAACGUAACUGAAGAUUCUGUCUAUGUUCGCGAAACCGACGUAACAUGCGUCAAUGCUGCUGGAGCCAUGUUAGCAGCUGCCGCUUUUAUUGCAGCACAACUAGUCGUGCUGGCUGCAUGGACAUGCAGUUGGCAACGGAGACGUGCGGCUGCCAAAGCAGCAGAGUUAUUGCCAGGCCCCAACGCUCCCUCAUCUCUUUGCAAAGUUUAUGAUGCUAGUUUUUCCCGAGCGCACCAGAGGCACUUCUGAAUAGAUCUAAGAAUGUCGACGUAACGAACGUUUGCAAUAGUAGUAUAUUUCGUAGUUUAAAUACCCCCGUCGAGUCUUGGCUCUAAAAGUGUAAUCUUUUAAUGAGCGGAGGACUUUGAUAGCGGUUCUUAAUGGUAGUGCAUUUCCGCUUUCUAUGUCAUUUCGAAUAUAGCCACGGAUUUGCACGACACAGAGACGGGGACGAUCACUUAAGCGUUAGUGAUUGAUGAUGAAUGAAAGACGUGACGUAUUGCAUGAUUGUUUGCGUGUAUGACGUGAGUGUGUACGCUUGCUUGUCCCCGUCUCUGCGGUCGGAAGCGGGACAAUGGUCGUAGUCGUUAUCGAGAUUAUGUCGCUCAUUUGUCACUUUACGUGCGAACGUCCUCGCGGAUGAUCGAUUAACGUAUUGUACCAUAUUUUUCAAAGUAGAGUAAGAGUGACCUAACAAUAGUUUUAAGUCAAGAAUAACAUUUCUGUACCUUUUAAGUAGAUAAAUCAAUGAUGCGACCAAGUCAAGAAACGAUGUAUAGACAAUCGUUCCGAAAUCGUAAUUUAUUCAACCUAGGAAUAGUUUCUUUUUUACGUAAUUUAUGAUCGAUUUCGAAUUAUACCUAUAGUAUACAUCGUAAUGUAAACGAAUAGUUGCUUAUAAAAACAUGUGCUAUUUUUAUAUUAUAGUAAACCGAGAGUAUUUUAUGGACAUAGUGCCUUAUUAAGAAUUUGUUUAAAAAUUUAAAUAAGUACCAACUUCAACCAUCCAAAAUUGUCGAAUUACCUACAGUGAAAUAAAAAUUAUAAAAUAUUA